AUGACCGGAUUACACCUGGCAGCUUAUUUCGGUUUGAAAGGAGUUGUUGCGACACUAGCUGGGGAUUUCCUCGCAAAUGUUGAAGAUAGCGACGGGCGGACGCCGCUGGUGUUGGCGGCGCGGAACAGGCACGAGGCCGUGGUCCAGCUGCUGCUCGACACGGGGAACGUCGAUCCCGACUCAAAAUAUAGCUACGGCCAGACGCCGCUGUCGUGGGCGGCAGAGAAAGGGCACGAUGCCGUGGUCCGGCUGCUGCUCGACACGGGGAACGUCGAUCCCGACUCGAAAGAUAGCGGCGGCCAGACGCCGCUGUCGUGGGCGGCACGGAACAGGCACGAGGCCGUGGUCAGGCUGUUCGCAAAGAAAACCAAUUCUGAUUCUACUGAAACUACUGGACCGGCUGCACUCCAAUAA